UUGAGAGCGACCAGGUGGAACUUGCUUUGUUAACACGGAGAAACGUUUGAUAAUGAACACACUGUGACUCACAGACGGAGACAGAGCUGCUGCUCGACAUGAUUUACUUAAUAUUAUUGUCCGCUCUGUCGGGAGCAGUCGUUACGUUGGUGUUACAGUUCCUGCUCAUAUACCGGAGGAGCCCUGAGCCCGCAGGCAGGACGGUGCAGUAUGUUAAAGUAGUGCCUGAUAACGCAUUGAAGGAUUACUUUAAUACCCAACAUGAGCCAGGCCAACAGCAGCAUCAGCAACAGCAGGACAGCACAGCAGCCGCAGCAGAGGGCCUCUCCAGCAGGCAGCAGGACUCGGCUGUCCCCGGCCCCAAACAGCCUCCACCGCCUCCUCACAGCGAGCACACUGAUGGGGCCAAAGCGGAAACCUGCAAUUUCCUCAACGCUAUAUUUUUGUUCCUAUUCAGGGAGCUGAGAGACACGCCAGCUGUCAGACACUGGCUCACCAAGAAGAUCAAGGUAGAGUUUGAGGAGCUUCUGCAAACCAAGACUGCAGGCCGGCUCCUGGAGGGGCUGAGUCUGCGGGACAUCUCUCUGGGUAACUCUCUGCCCGUCUUUAAAACGGCCACACUGGUUCAACCGCUGCACAAGAACGAGGACGGCAUGCCCGAGGAGCUCAACUUUGAGGUGGACAUCGAGUAUAACGGAGGCUUCCACCUGGCCAUCGACGUGGAGCUGGUGUUCGGGAAGUCCGCCUACCUGUUCGUGAAGAUGAAGAGGGUGAAGGGGAGGCUGAGGCUGCAGUUCACACGCAUGCCCUUCUCCCAUUGGUCCUUCUCCUUCCUGGAGGACCCACUGGUGGACUUUGAGGUGAAGUCUCAGUUUGAGGGCAGACCCCUGCCUCAGCUCACCUCCAUCAUAGUCAACCAGCUGAAACGAGUCAUCAAGAAGAAACACACCUUACCCAACUACAAGAUCAGAUACAAGCCGUUUUUCCCGUUUCAAGUCCAGCCUCCGCCAGGGUCGGCUUGUGAUUUGGACCUGUCAGUGCAGGACAGCAGACUGGUGGAAGGAAGACUUAGAGUCACCCUGACUGAAUGUAGCAGGCUGUUCAUCCUGGGCUCCUAUGACAGAGAAACCUACGUUCACUGCACCCUGGAGCUGAGCAGCCACCAGUGGAAGGAGAAGACCCGCAGCUCCAUCAAAAAAACGGUGGUUAUCAAAGGGCCAUGUGGCAGUGUGGGGAUGACGUUCAGACAUGUCCCUGCCAGCGAGGGGGAUGCAGUCCACGUCAGCAUAGAGACGGUCACGCCCAACUCCCCCGCAGCCUUGGCAGACCUGCAGAAGGGGGAUCGCCUCAUUGCCAUCGGAGAUGUGAAAGUGACAUCCUCGGUUCAAGUGCCCAAACUGUUAAAGCAGGCAGGUGACAAGGUGGUGGUAUUUUAUGAGAGACCGAUCCGUCACCAGACUUCCUCCUUGGGAACCCUGGGAACUCUUCAAGAGGGAUUUGGGCAGCUGGAGGAAACAGGUUUUAUUUCCCAGCCUGGGGGAUAUGAAGAAGACCCUGCCCCAAUCACCACCCUGUCUGACAUGUCCGACAACAAAGACAUGGACUCUGAGUUUGAAGAAUUGAUUGUGGACUCCAAACCCAUCCAGACUGGUAGCCCUAACAGCAGUACCACAAAUACCAGUGACACAAAGGAGGAUUUCUUACUUACAGUGAACCAAAGCCCCAAAAGGACUGUGGCCAACUUGGCCUCUAAGCCCCUUGGUACCAUAUCGCCCAUUCUCAAUCGCAAAUUAAACCUGGUGGGUCUCCAGUCUCCACUAAAGCCCCAGCCCAAAGAAUCACCAAAGCCCUCACCACAUAAGACCAGUAGUGACCCAGGGGAGGUUCUGCAACGCCCCACUAUCCCUCCCCCACCUCCUCCUUCUCGUCCCCCGGUGCCGCCAAGGCCUCAGAUAAGGUUGACACCAGCCUCCUCAGAAACAAGUCUUUUGGAAGGUAUGGAUUCUGUUACAACUGCUAAUGCUACUGUUGCUUCUACCGUGACUACAACUGUAAGCACUGGUGAAAAAUCUCCAGAAAAAUCUCCUCUCACUGGAGCCAAUGAGGACAAAGCUGCUGAGAAGACAUUUGUCAAACAAGCCGAGGCAAAGCAGUCCACCAGGCCAGCAGAGUCCAACGACGAGCUGCCAGUCCCUUCCACAUUGACCAGCAGCAAAGCAGACCAGGCAAAGGACAAAGUAUCAGAGAGCUCCUGUAGCACACGGGACAGUCUGGAGAACCAUUCCCUCUGGGAAUCCCCAGAGGCCAGGUUUCGUAACAAGACAGCACGCUGGUCCAAGGCCUCUGUGGUGUUUGAGGCGGAGAGCAACCAUAAGUACCUUAAUGUGGCCCUUUGGUGCAAAGAUCCCUUUAAGUUGGGCAGUUUGUUGUGCCUGGGUCAUAUCAGCCUCCAGCUGGAGCAUAUAGCCCUGGAAUGUAUGGCUACAUCUUCAGCAGACUACCAGAGCACCUUUAGGCUGGGCCCUCCAGAGCCCAGAGCUAACGUCAGCCGCACUGCACUACGCGGCCUCAGCACCCACAAGGGCUUUAAUGAAAAGCUGUGUUAUGGAGAUGUUACUCUGAACUUCUGUUAUUUAGCUGAGGGUGAAUUAGAGUAUCCAGGAGGACUGGCAGAGAGGGAGCGGGAGGGAAGUCUCCAGGAUGAGGAUCUAAGGGAGAGGGAGAGGGAACAUAUCCUUUCAGCACCGCGGGAUGACCUGGCCUACAAUCCGAUGCAGCUGGUGGAGGUUCGCCACAACUUCCAGGACACCCAGUUCCAGAACCCCACCUGGUGUGAAUACUGCAAGAAAAAAGUUUGGACCAAGGCAGCUUCUCAGUGUAUGGUCUGCGCCUACGUUUGCCACAAGAAGUGCCAGGACAAGUGCCUCGCUGAAAAUCCUUUCUGUGUGGCAGCAACAGAGCGUCGUGGAGCUGACCCUGAAGCCAAAUCUACCAUAAAUCGGGCCACCACUGGCCUAACGCGCCACAUCAUCAAUACCAGCUCCCGCCUGCUCAACCUCCGCCAAGUGCCCAAGACUCGGCUUGUUGAGCAGGUGGCUGAUGUGGUGCCUGGAGGUGUAGAGCCUUCACCUAAGCAUACCCCCAACACUUCAGACAAUGAGAGCAGUGAUACUGAAACCUACACCAGUGGUGCCAGCCCCUCAAAGCAACCUGCUGGCGGUGGUGGCAGCAGUAAACUUGUACGUAAGGAAGGUGGUUUGGAUGACAGUGUGUUCAUUGCUGUGAAGGAGAUAGGCCGCGACUUGUACCGGGGGCUGCCCACAGAUGAGCGCUCUCAGAAGCUGGAGCUGAUGCUGGACAAGCUGCAGCAGGAAAUUGACCAGGAGAUCGAGCACAAUAAUGCCCUUCUGCUGGAGGAGAGGGAGGCCACAGAUGUCCGGCGCAAGGCCCUAAUUAGUACUGCCCUGGCCAAGUCUGGGGAGAGACUCCAGGCUCUCACCCUGCUAAUGAUCCACUACCGGGCAGGCAUUGAAGACCUGGAGUCAGUGGAGAGUACCUCUCCUUCAGAGCAGCAAGGCUUUAAGAGCAAAGGAGAAGGCCUGGAGGAAGAGGCCCUGAUGGGGACAGAGGUCUAUGAUAGUGACAUAUGCAGCCCUGUGGAGGUGCAACUGUUGGAUGACAUUACUGAGGAGCAGAUCUGUGUGGAGGCACUCCACUAGAUAAGAAUAGAAAAGAGAAAGAAAGAGGAACAUGUGCUUUGGGCUUGUGCCUCCCAGCAAAAUUAUGCCCAGUUUGUUUUUUGAGAUUGGGGAAUUUCUACGGUCCAUUUGAAAUGUUGGGGAUGUUGGGGUCUAGUGUUCGAUCCACAUGUUUAUUUUUAUUUUUACAUGAAAAAGAAAGGAUGGGUGAAGGAAUUUCAUCCCUGAGGAUACAUGGUAAACCUCUUAUUGAUGAUUUGAUUUGCACAAUGUGAUGCCGUUUCCAUGCUUUAGGUUUUUAAAGGGAAAAAGCUACAAUAUCAUCUGCCCUCAGUAGUGCUGCACGUAUAUCCUUGAUUUGUUUUACUCUGUACCAUAUGUCAUUGUAAGCAUUUAAUCCACUUUGCUUUCUUGUCAGUAACUGCCUUGAUUUAAGGACAUUAGAAAAUGCAUCCAUUUGUCUCGUCUACUAGUCUGAAUCAUGUUAAAUUUGAAAGAUAAUACGUUUGCUGCGAGUAACAAGCCCAUAUAAAGGUGUCAUACUUGAGUCUAACCCAGUGUGUCUACUAGGGAAAAGCAGGUUUAGACAUCCGCGUCUGUGGAACGUGUAAUUUGUCUAAGUACUCUGCAAAAAGUCAUACGUAUCCUUUGUUUUCGGCACUUUUUAAAGUCUUAAUUAAGAUUUUCCCUGCUCACAAAGCUCUGUGGGAUUUCAAAAGCUGCAUAAUUAUUAGUGGAAUGGAUAAUGUUAUAUAUAAUUUGCAUUUUUCCUUUGGUUAUUGAGUGUGUAUUGGUUUGGCCAAAACAUGACUAUGUUACCCAUAUAUUUUAUUUGUUUGAAGGUGUAAUGAUGUAAUUGAAUCAAAAUGUUUGUUGUUUUUUUUUUUUGUUUCUUGCCAAGUUCCUUUUUGUUCAGAACGCUUCCAACUUCUAAAACUCAAAUACGGCAUAUUGCUAAUAAUGAUGAACUUGCGUAGAUGCGAUGUGAGAAAGGCACAUAACUGACUUUAUUGAUUUCUCUCUGAAUGAAUGUUACCCAUACUAGGAGCUAUCAUGAUGUUUCAAUUUUUACAUUUAUUUAAUUGGUUUAAUGUGUGUGCGUGUUGGUGUGUAAAGAUGACUACCAUGCUUCAAGAAGUUAUGAUGUGAUUUAGUGCAGAUCGUUUGCCUUCAUGAGUUGUUUUCAUGCCCAAAUGAAUGUAUGUUCAGCCCUUUCUGUGUUUUGUGUAUAUACAGCCCUUCGGCACUGCCCCCUCCCCCACCUCCCCCUGCAAACCAUCAAGCAUUAAUGUAGCCUGUCACAGUGAUUCCAUCAUAACCAGCUACAACUCCCCAAAAUGCUAUGCUUAUCUUUUACACCCUUAGAGAGCCACUGGAGAAGAACUAUAUGUGAAGAGGGAAUAUCUUAUUCUUAAAUGUUAAAAGGAAAAAUUUACCCCAAAAACGCUGAAAAAUAUCUUGGAUCUAUUUUGGUGGUGAUGUUCUUCUUUUCUUUCUUUCUUCCUGUGGUUAUCUUGCCAGUCAUUUCCAGCACAAAUACCAUUGAGUUUGAUAGUGACGUUGAGCUUGAUAGCUUUCUGAAAAAUAGUAGCCGUUAGCAGGUAAUGCUAUCAGUCUGUCAGAACUCUGACGUUAAUGGCAUUAAUUCCAUAAAGUAAAGAAGUAUUUGAUUGGCCGCUGCAGCACCUUGCCAUGUUGAAAAGCAUUGUGUUGUGAAAGUAGUUGAGCCAGUUUUAACUUUUAUUUGCCUGCAGCCCUCUAUGUUGGCACCCUACACUGCCCCAUUCAAAUGAAUGAAGAGGCUGUUUCUUCACACAGGGCUGAAGUCCUUCUGACAGAGCGCUUGUUGGAUUGUCUAUCGGCACCUGAAAAACUCUUCCUGACAGCAAACUAUGGAAACCUGCAUCUCUGAAUUUUUGUAACUUUCCCUGACAAUCUGAUACAGUGAUUGGCCCAGUGUGUGCAGAGAUGCAAAACUUGAAUAUUGUACUUUUGCCACUUUUCGUGUGAACACACUGCAACACCAUGAAUGCUUUUGAGGAGAGACUGUUUUGCAAAUGUGCCAUGCUCCUAUUUGUAUGAUUCAUGGUGUUGAGAACUAUAAAGAUGCACAUUUUAAAGGGACACAACCCUUUGUGUUUAGUCAGUCAAAAAGGGUAUAAAAACAUUUGCCUUUUAGACGUGGUUUGAAACAUUAAUUUCAUUCAGUUUGUUUUAAGCAUACUGAGGCCUUAAAAACUAAAUAAAACAUUAACUUACAAUAGAAUCAGUCUGUUUAUUAGCCAAGUAUGCAAGCAUAUAUAGUCUUGUCUUGGCCAGUAGGCUUUAGAUCUACCCUGUAUCUUCUCAAGAGAAACAGUCAUAGUAACGUAGCUCAGACAGAUCAUGUGGGUAAGACCAACUUAUGACUUCGCCUACUGACCACCAACUUAAAUCUCUCCUCCUCUCUCCAGUUACAGGGGCCCUGAGGCAAGAUGCAUCAAGUUAAGGUUAAUCCUAAAAAUAUUUCUAAUGUUGUAUAAUUGUUUUCUUUCUGUAGGAUCAUAUUGUUUCCUUGUGGCCCAGUAGAGAAUGUUCCAUGACUCGGUAACAGGCCAUGGCCUCGAGGUUGGAAACCACUUCUUUAGGGCAAGGAUUAAGGUUUACAUGAGACAACUUUUGAUGCCCUUGUGUAGAAAUGGAAAAAAAAUAACAAGACAUCACCCAAAAGUGCUAUGAGCGUGUAAAUUUUUCCUUUAAUGUAGCUCAACUCCAAAAGGACUCCAAAUAAUCCAGACUAACGGGACAAGUAAUCAGCCAGACUCAGUGGAAGCAAAAAGCCCAAUCCCUGUUCUUUUUCUUGUUUAAUAGAUAUGUUGCUCAUGCAGAUAUUGGCUUACUGGCUGCUAUACUUGUCAACCUCUCUCGGUCACUGUAUAUCCAGAUUUUUGUGCAAUAUUUUUGUAGGAAAAUGAAACCGAUAAUCAGGAGUGAAUCCCUGUGUCUGUGAUUUCUCUUUUUCUUUCCUCUAAAAAAAAACAAAAAAACAUGUAGUCUGUGCACCCAUCUGUCUGGUAAUGUACCCUGAAGUUUCUGUGGACCCAAGGAGAACCUAAGAGGAGGAGUUCAUACUAUAAAACCCCCCUUUUGGCCUGAGAAGCACUGCUUUUGCUGCUGUUGUUACAAUGUGCUCUUCCACAGAACUCAUACAUGCUUAUGCCUCCACCCCUCCCCUCCCCUCCCCUUCCCUUCCGACCACCCUAAUCUUUGAAACUGCACUUACAAAAUGGCUGUCCAUCAUGGCUUUCAGCAGGUCAAGACGGUGUUUGUUUCUUUUUUUGUGUAUGUGAGGGAUGUUGUACACAGUUUUCGAAAAGGCUCAUGUGAUGAAGCUUUAUUGUACAUAACCUAAAUAAACAAGCUCAAAUGAA